UGUCGACUCGAUCCGGUUUGUUCAGAGCCGAGCAGCUAUAACUCGAGUUGUUGGCGUUACCUCGCAUUGUUCUUCUUUUUUUCUAGGUCUCGGCAGACUAGCAGACGUUACGUAUUCACUCCACUCUGUGACUUCCUUGAUCCAGUUAGCAACCGUCAUGCACAUGGUGACAAGUUGCUAUUUCUUCACGGCUCUGACCGCUUUCCUGCUGGCUGUGCCAUCUGUACAUGGCUCAUGCAGAGAUUUCAGUCCUAAUGCAUUGCCUUACAUCAUGGCUCAACAAGGUGCAAAAUUGGCUGAGCAAUUAAGGAGCAAUCAGUCCUUGACCGAUUUCAGAUACAACAUAACAGCUUUAGCUGAACACGGCUCACACUUGCUAACUAUGGUUAAGGGAAAACCAUCUACUAACAAACUAGUUCAAGAACUUUUAGCAAAUAUCACUUCUGUAGUAAACAUUAAUCAGGACAAUGCAGUGAAACAACUACAAGACAAUCUGACAUUAAUAGCAACAAGGCUUUGCCAUAGAGAUGCCUAUGGAAAGGAUGGGUCUAGCAGGGACGAUGCAGGACAAACAUGCAAAAGCAUUCGAGACUAUAUGCUACUACAUGGACAUACAGCCAACUCUUCUAUUCGCUGGAUCAAUCCUAGCCAUACACCUGGUGAUGAAUUUCAGAUAUAUUGUGACAUGGAUUCAUUUGAUGGUGGCUGGAAUCUUAUCUACUCGAGUCGUGAUGACAAUACUGGUAACAACAAUAUGCAGAAGGGUAAUAGAUCGACUGCACACAUCACCAGUCUAGACCCAGGAAAUGCAAAUAAGCGUCUGGCGUAUGACGUAUUUCAGGCCAUAGAAGCAAGCAAUGUAGGAUACGGGGAAGUGAUGCUGACUGGAUACAGAGACUACACAAGUAAGACGUCGUUGAUCAAGAUGUACUUCGAUAAGACUGCGACAUCAGGACUUAGUUUUACUCAGUUCAUAGACAAAGGACUCAGUGGUACACUGCGUGGUUGUUCUUCGAGUUCAUACUAUGGCAUAGAAAUUUCCAGCGGCAGACCUAUGUCCCUCACCUGGGAAGAUCAAGCCUUUGUUGCUGGAGCGGUGUCCAGUUGCGCUUGGUUCGGAGAAGUCUGGAAUGAGAAAGACACUCAAGGUGGCCACUUACUUGAUCCACAAUAUUGGGGUCGUGCUGAACAAUACUAUCUUCAGACCCCGUCUAGUGGAAGUUGCAUGAAUCGCGGUCUCUAUCACAUUUUCAUCCGUUAAUAGAGCGAGAGAUUUGCAAUUGCUGAAUGAGCGUGCAGCAGGGCUCAAUGACUGUGUGUGUUAGCACUUUCAGUUUUGACGUUUUGAUUUGUAGUGCUGUGCUGUAGCAAAGUUAGUUUCUAGCUAUGGGUAGUAGCUGUCAGUGAUAGCAGAAUACUAAACUUUAUGAU